GGGUUCUUUUCAUUUUGAAACAACGCUCUUUUUGAAAGGUUGACUUUGGAAGUCUCCAUUUCUGUGACUUCUUACGAGUCCCAAGCAGAGCACGUUUCAUCGAUAAUGUCAGUUGAUCUGGGAAAAGCAUACACGCAUAGGAACGCCAUCUUUGCUGCACCCGGCCAUACGUCUCUACAGAAUCGCCGGACUUAUUUCACGCAUGCCUUUGCCAAGACGAAUGACUUGGUCCUUCGCGACGCCUUAAACCUUAGCAACUCGCCCACUGUACCGCUAGAAAACACCCAGAGUGAUACGUUGCUCAUGGGGAAGAAGCUCGCAAGGAACCGGCGCAUCCAUUUGACGCAGAAAAGACUCACAGACUCAGAAAUGAAGGGGCUAAUGUCGCCGGAAUAUUUACCUCUCUCGCAUUUCUGGGCGGGUUUAAAGGACAGAGUAAACGAAAUACGUGACAUUGAACUCUCAUAUCUGGACUACGCCGUUUGGGAAUCCAACUACCACCUCGUUCAAUUGACACGACAAGCCUUCUUCAUACACCCCACCGCUUUCCCCACAACCAACACUGCCGAGGGCCACGCAUGGAUUCAAAACCCUGACGAAGAGACCAUACGCAGAGAAACCGCCCGCAAAGAGGAGGUUUUUUCUUCCCAGCAUAAUGAUGAUUUGGCGCUUCCUUCGUUCAUAGUCAUCGAUCUUAUUACCAAGGAGCUAGAUUCAAUAUGCCAACACGUCGAGGAUAUCGGAGAAAGCAUCUAUAAUUCUUUAGCAAUUACCGAGACCACGUUGACCUACAAGCGAAUGGAUGACAACGACGACGCCGACGACAAGCAAACGCAGCCUACGCAGGCCACCCAAACAUCAGCACCCACGACACUUCUACGCUACGCGCGUGUCGACGCGCCCCCGCCACUUCUACGAUAUGCGCAUGUCGACGAUGCACUUUCGCCGAUUGUACGAGCCAAGGCCGUUAAAAAACCUCUGCCAUACAAGAAGACCAAGCCAGCCUCACCACCGUCUGUAAAAUACAAGCUGACCGGCCCGCCCAAGGGACUUUUACGAACCGUUCGUGUUGGUUCCACCAAGGACAAGACAGAGCCCGACGCCUCGAUGACUAGCCCCAACCAAGUGCUCGAAGUCAAGGACGGCCGCAUCCAAAUCACGCCGUUCGCGCCGGAACCUCCCGCCCCCCAAAUGCGCAUUGUCUGGGGCUCAGAAGCCGUUCGGCAAACGCAGCGAGGCGCGCUCGAAAGGCGCAAAGCGAAGAUGGAGAAGGCCUCAGCGCGCGCCCAGCAGCAAAAAAGCGGAGGCAUAGUACGACGCGUGAAGUUCGACGCGCUCGCGCCCGGCCAGCUCGAGGACUCGCCCAUCCGGCCCUACACGUCACACACAGAGACGCAGGUCCCAGGCUUCGAGAAGCGCAUGAUCACAAUGGCGUCUUUGCCGCUCGCCAAGCGCGUGCGCAAGCUCCCGACCACGACGCCGCUGCACCUCCGCGUGCUCCUGCUGCGCAAGCAGCUGUCGCGCAGCCAUCGCGUCCUGCGCAAGACGUUUAACCUGCUGGGCCGCAUGGACAGCGUCCGCGACCGCUGGGACCAGAUCGUGCUGUGGCGCGCGCAGGAGCUGCGGCGGCAUCAAGACCCCCAGGGCGCCCGAGGCCGCGAGUUGGAGCUGCAGAAGCGCUCCUCCCCGCUUGAGCGCCUGGCGGGCAGCAUGCGGGUUUCGGCGGAGGAGGAGGUCGAGGACGCGUUGGGUGGUGGGGUGGGGGUGGGGGAGGCGCUGCCGCCGACGACGUUCUUUUUGGAGAAGCCGCUUCAGAGGGGGAGGGGCGGGGGUGGGGGUGCUGGUGUGCGUGUGGGUGCCGAAGAGAAAGAGUACCAGGCCCAGCAACCGCGGAUCAGGAAACUGGUCUCGGAUACAGGGCUGACGCCUGCGCAGAAGCUGCUUAGAGCAGAAAUGUUCGAUCUGGUGCGGGAUCUGGACCACUUGCUCUCAGACUUAAAUAAAGAGGGGAGGGACGGGGAUGAGGACGACGAGUUUGAGGAUGGGUAUGGGUAUGAGGAUGAGGAUGAGUUUGAGUUUGAGUUCGAGAAAAGGGAUAGGGACGGAGGAAAGGGAGGGGAUGGGGUGUAGAUGGGGAAUGUUGUACAUGUACUGUACUGUACGGUCGUUUGAGCGGGACGCUGCUUUGGGGCGCGUGGGGUGUAUAUACAUGUAUGUGUACGCAUAGCACGGAAGCGCGCUGUUUGGACUGGUCCUCGGGUUUCGUCUGUGGAGACUGCUGUUAUAGACAUGUGGGUGCGUGGUAUCCGUACGGGGUAGCAGUGUCUUGAUAUUCGCUUGUCCAAGUCUGGCUGUCCCCUUACUCCAAUGGGCAAUUUGCUCAAAGUCCAUUGAGAAGCUUGGCCG